GCGCCUGAGAAUUAAGUCACAUCCGGAAAGCGGAGCGCAAUUUGAAAUCGUAACCGCCAAAGUGGGGCUGGAUCCCGAUUGCCACAGUGGAUGUGUACGGAACCGGCGAGGGCCUCGGAUCGUAUUACUGAUCGGAUAUUAUGAUGAAGAGAUCGCUGCUAUAGAUCGGAGGGUGGAUGUGUGCGGGGAACAGACGGCGAGGAGCGGGAUCGCUGCUAUGCAAACUCCUGCUGACGGGGUGUCGACCCCCAAAAGUAAGUCGGCAUCGCGCAGCAGCGCCCCCUACCAGAACUCUAGGUACCCUCUUGGAUGCCUAACUUCUGCCCGGCGACGUUUAUCAUACCGUCUCCUGUCCAAGCGGAGGGUACCACCGAGCACACCUUUCCAGGAAACCCUCGAUCAACAGAAGGGAGCUUUGUUGCUCCAAAAACAAUGGACUCUUUACAGUGUGACGCCGAUGCAUAAUUUUUCAUAUAACAAGCUAAAGGAAUACUCCAAGCACUUAUCUGCCACCAUUGCGGCUGAAAAGCAGAAGGGUGUUGCUGUUGAUCCGGGGGCAGACUUUAACCUCAAAGCCAGCUUUUCCUGUCUGCCUGGACUCCGGGGGAAAGAGAAAGAUCCAACUGCAGUACUAGUUCAGAUUGCUGGAAAAUCCCAAACUCAGCAUUCCAAGUCGGGCACAGAAGAGCGGAUUGUGUGGACUGGUUGGUUCUGUGGGACAUACGCGGAGGAGGACAUUUUGGAAGUGAUACCACAGACAUUCACCUGUCUUCCACUGUUUCUUAUUAACGGGUCAGAGACGUUCACCACUAUAGUGGGCACUUGGUUCCAACAGGCGUUUGACUGCUGUUUUGGUAAACUGGUGAUCAGGUCACAUGAUCUUAGGUGGUUGGCAGCUAUGUGCGCAGGAUAUGAAGUGCAUGGGCAUGUGCCCACCACAGAACUGGUAUUCUCUGUGCCAGUGGAGCCACACAUGGACAUCUCUUUUGCCAUUCACCCGGAGGAUUUUAAAACCCUGUGGAAUAACAUUCAAAAAUCGAAGGACGAGGUGACGGUGGAGGAAGUAGAACAUUUAUUUCAAUGUCUUUAUUCACAUUUCUUCAGACACUUUAAAAUCCACUUAUCGGCGACGCAGCUGGUAAAGGUGACUGUGGCUGUGGUCUCGGCACACUGUGACGGCAAAGUAAAGUUCUUCAGCAAAGACCAUCUUGUACGAGUGCUUGGAUUUUUCACAGAGAUCGCAAUAAACAAUAUUCAGUAUUAACCACAAGCCAAGACUGACUUCUGUAAUAUAUGUAAAGGACUAAAGUCACACCACAUGCAAAGGAAUCUGCUCUACAAGCCAUCUGCACUAACCAGCCCCUCGGAGUGGAAAGCGGAUCUCUUCAGCAUUACUACACCGUCUGCCCAUCUGGCUCCUCCAUAGGGAUGGCUUAAAGCACUUUUGUGUUUUUUUAUAAUUUUAUCUGGCAGUUCCAGCAUUUGUCAGUUUGUCAAAUAAAUUUUUUAUCAGCAAGUUCUUGAGUACCUAUAAUAAAACCUACCUAAGGGUUAUGCAUGGCGGUAUCCGCGUUCUGAUGGGACAGGUUAACAUACUAAAGCAGCCAGCAUUACUUUUGUUGAUUACAAAAUAAA